AUGGCCGACAUAUUUCCCACGGGGUACUAUGCGGUAAAAAGCGGUAUGGAAAUGUUGACCGGUAUGGCUGUCCGUGACAGCACGAUCGUAGUUGUGGGAUCCGGUCCCGUGGGUCUGUGUGCCAUCGUUGCGGCCGCCAACCUUCGACCUCAACGUCUCCUCGCUAUCGACAGCGUGAAAGACCGACUGGGGCGGGCGGAGAAGCUUGGAGCAAAGCCUUUGAACCUUCUUGAUGGCAUGGCGAACCUACAGGCUCAGGUCGAGGCUGUGACCGAGGGUCGCGAUGCCGACCUUGUCAUCGAAGCCGUGGGCCUCUCUCCGGCGUUGAGAACGGCCUUUGAAAUUAUACCGUGGUCUGCGAAAGAGGCUUACGAGUACGUACUCGCACCGAGCGCAUACCCCCUUACAGUCGAGGUCAUUGAUACUGAUCUGAUUCCAGCAAGAACGUCCGGCUUCAAAUGGGCCGAUGCCCCGUUAGGAGCAUUUUCAGUGAGGCUUUAG